AUGCAUCCCGAAAAGUCUCCCCGUCUCUGCAUGAAACUAAUAAUCCUGAUCGUUAAGCAAGCGAAUGAGCGUGAGCUUGCCAUCUCAAUUGAGUCACUCUCCAAAAAUUCUGCUCUGAAGACGAUGGAGGCGACCGAUAAUGACCCAGAGGUGCUACGCGAUAUAGAGGAGGACCAAAACAUACAAAUCAUUCCUGGUACCGAGAUUAUGAUCGAUGCUGGGAAUCAUCACUUUAUCAGGUCUGCAGCCGAUCGCGUACUGGUGCCGCAACCUUCGAGCGACCCUCACGACCCGUUGAAUUGGGACCCGUUUUGGAAAGCUUCAACCACAGCCUCUGCGACCUUUGUCUCCUUUGCUCAGGGUUUCGGUCCUCUGGCGAUCGCGCCCAUGUUUCCCAUGCUGGCACAGGAGUUCAAAUCGGAUUUAUCGAGUGUGGUGCAGUUUACAGGCGUUACGAUUCUCGUCUUGGGUUUCAGUAACUUUAUCUGGAUCCCAUUGAGUUCUACUUUUGGUCGUCGUCCAGUGCUCCUGGCAUCAACCCUUGUUUCUCUAGGCAGCUCGAUCUGGAAAGCAAAAGCAACAACAUACGGAAGUUUCAUGGGUGCUUGCGUGCUCAAUGGUCUAGGAGCUGGCCCAGGUGAGACAUUACAACCUCAGAUUAUAACGGAUUAUGUCUUUUUACAUGAUAGGGGAAAAUACAACACCUUGUAUUUUGCCUUAUAUUUUGGAUCGUUGGCCCUGUCUCCCGUCGUCGCUGGACUCCUAGCCGAACACACUGGCUGGCGUAACUUUUGGUGGCUGAAUGUCGCUCUACUGGGCGCAGCGUUCGUCGUGUCUUUCUUUGCCUUCCCGGAAACCCGAUGGCAUCGUCACCGAGCCAACGACAUUCAGACUAAAACGCGUCAUCCAUCGAGUACCUCUUUAGCAACAAACCCAGAAAUGAACGGCAAGACGAGUCCUCCUAACCUGGAGAACGGGGUGGCUGAUCAACCUUACACACCCGUGCAAACCCCAAUCCAGCAUGGUAAACCGGGGAGAAAGCAAUUCGACCUCUUCCAACCCAACCAACAACCUCUAAAGACUCUUCUCAUAGAGCUUUGGACGCCCUUCAAGUUGUUCGCUUUCCCCAUUGUCGACUUCGCCUCCUUGGUCGUUGCUUGGAGCACCGCAUCAUUUUUGAUAGUAAACCUGACUCAAUCGCAAGCCUUUUCCGAAUCACCCUACCAGUAUACAGCACAGACCGUUGGAUUCUUUAACUUCGCAGUCGUCGUUGGUCUCUUGUUGGGAUUAGGGACGGCAGGACCCCUCAACGAUUGGAUCAGCAUGCGUGCAACGAAGCGCAACAAAGGGAUUCGGGAACCUGAAAUGCGCCUGCCUGCUAUGAUUCCUUACACCCUGAUCAUGAUCUUGGGAAAUUUUGUGGUGGGAUUCGGGUAUCAGUAUCAUUGGGAUUGGAAGGCAAUCGUCAUUGUCGGUUACACCUGCGCCGGCAUCCAAGUAGCAUCAAUCCCAGCCAUUGCUUCCACCUACGCCAUUGACUCCUACAAGCCCGUCACAGGCUCCAUCUUCGUCAACGUGACCGUCGUCAAGAACCUUUGGGGCUACGGCCUCUCACGCUUCAUCACGGAAUGGAGUAUCGCAGACGGGUUUGUUGAUCCUUUCAUGACCAAUAUGUGUUUGACGGCGUUGUGGUGUAUUUGCGGGGUGUUGUUUUGGUAUAAAGGGAAGGCGCUGAGGCAUCGGACAAAGGACUCAAAUAUCCAUGACACAUAA